AUGUCCAACGUCCCCCCGUCACAGCCCAACAAGGACUCUGGCCUCAAGCUCCUCGACCUGCUCCUGUACCGCGAGCCGGCUCGGACCCAGCAGCGACCCACCGAUAUCAUCUCCCUCCUCCACCUGAUCAAGCAGUCGGUGUGGCAGCACCUGUUCGGCAGGCACGCCGACCGCCUCGAGAAGUCGGCCAACCCCGACACACCGGACGAGUACAUGAUCAUCGACAACGAGCCGCUGGUGAACCAGUACGUCAGCGUACCCAGGGAGAUGUCGCAGCUCAACUGCGCCGCCUUCGUGGCCGGCGUCGUCGAGGGCGUCUGCGACGGCGCCGACUUCCCCGCCAGGGUCACGGCCCACACCGUCGCCGAGGGGGAUAUGUGGCCCGGCAAGACCGUCUUCCUCGUCAAGUUCAGGCCUGACGUCGUCGAGCGGGAGACCUUUCUCGCCGCAAGGAAGGGUUGA